AUGACCAUGUUUCGAAAUGUACCCUGGAAGGCUGUAGCUAUUGGUGGUGGAAUAGCUGUAGUCAUAGUUGGAGGCGGUUUGUGGACUUAUCGAAGAUACACUUCGUCUGGCGGCACCCCUGCUCCUGUUGUAACCCCUGAUUUUGUCGUCACUGUCCCAGAACCUGUAACAGAUCCUCGUGAGGAACAAAUAGAAGAAACUGCAGAAGCCACGCCGAUUGGAGACGGGGAGGAACGGCAGGACUCCAUCGUGCCUGUCAACGCAUCACAAGCUAGCAUGGUACCUCUGGUGGUAAUUCAACUAAAAAAAUCCAAGAAAAAGAGAUUAUUAGUUGAUAAUGAAGAAGACCAUGUCCUUCAAAGUCAACCGAAAAAGAAGAAAAAGGUGAAACCAGAAGUUGAAACUGUUGAAGAAAAUGAUGAAGAAGUUUUAGUUCUAGACAAUGAAGAGGAGGUUGAACAGAAAACUGCUAAAGAGGAAAAUCAAGAUUGGAAUAAAGAAGACUACAAUGAGCUUAUCAAAAGGAUGGAAGAACAAAUACCAAAAAAUGACACAAAAGGUUUUACAAAGCGAGCUGAACUUCUUGAUUGGAAUUUGGUGAAGUUUGGAGACCAUUCUGUCGAGGAGUGCCAAGAGAAAUGGAAAAUAAUGAGGAGCAAAGUGAGACAUUUCAGGCUACUUAGUGAGGUGUUACAAGACGCAAAGGUCUGGGCCGAAAAACCAUGGGCUGCACCUUUUAGUAAGAAAAAGACUCGCCAUCCUGAGCAACCUCCACGACCUUUGUCCUCUUUCAUGUUGUUUUACAUGGAUAAAAAAGACAAAAUCAUCAAAAAACACCCGAGCCUAAAGUUGACGGACAUUUCCAGAAUUAUUGGGGAAAAGUACAAAGCGAUGUCUGACACAAAGAAAUCUUAUUACAAUCAGAGGGCAUUAGAAAUGCAGAAAGAGUACAGACAAAACCUAGCAAAGUUCUAUGAGAAAUAUCCAGAAUACAAUCCCACUACAAGAAAACAAAUAACUAAAAGUAACAAACCACUCCCACCAUUUAAGCUGUACCUGAAAGAGAAAUUGAAGAAACAUGAACAAGAUGAAGGUUUUGACCAACACGAGUUCACAGAGAAAUAUAAGGAAAUGUGGAAAAAUCUUAGCUUCAAAAAGAAAGCAUGUUGGAUAAGGUUGGCGAAGGAAGAAGAAGAAAAGUAUUUGGAACACCUGAACGAUGAUCUCAUGGAAGAUCCUGAAAAUAUAUCUAGUGCACCAUAUAGAUCUGUGAUCUCCAAAGAAGAAAAUUUAAUAUUGGACAGGUUAGCAGGAAAACCAGAAAAACCACCAAAUUCUGCCUACAGUCUCUUUUCAAAACUAAUGCUUCAAGACAAGCAUGCCAACCACGUUGAGGGUGAACCCAAAAACAGGAUGCGAGAAGUAGCAUUAAAAUGGAAGGAAAUACCUGAUGAUCAGAAAAAAACCUAUGCAGAAACAGUUCAGCAUAUGCAUGAAAGUUACAAAUUGGAUUUUGCCAAUUACCUGGAAAGUUUACCUGAAGACAAAAAGGCAGAGGAGCUGGCCAAACUACAACCAAAAAAGAGAACUUCAAAGACUAAACAGAAGUCUAGUAAAAAGGGUUCUUCCAGAUCUAAGUCUCCAACUCGAGUUCUUUUCAAAAAUGAACCAGAAAAGCCUCCAGUGACAGCUUGGGAUCUUUACAAGAUAGAGUUUGCCAAAAAGAACAGCAGUCUACCAAAUAAAACUGCUUGUAAACGAGCAGCCCUUAUGUGGAAAAACCUCUCAAAAUCAGAGUUAGACAAGUACAAAAAGAAACACAAUAAGAUGAAAAAGCAAUACAUGAUUGAGUUUGAAGCAUUCCUAAAAACUCUAGAUGAGAAAGAACUUAAGGAGUAUUCAGCUUUAAAAACUGCCAAGAUUGGAGAAGAACUGGAUGAUGAUGACGUAGAUGAGGAGCUAUCGAGUGAUGAGGAGGAGAACAGUUCCAGCACUGCCAGUGAUUCAGCAGGAGAUAGUGAUAGUGGUGUCAGUGAAGAAGAUGAUACCAUUGAAACCUCACAUCGCCGCUCGCACACCCACAAAUUCAUGGAUAUAACUGUGAAGAAUUCUUCCGUUUGUUUGGUGACUGUCUUGCUGGAGUUGUUCGGCGGAGUCAUAGACUUGUUGUUGUUGGAGACUUCAACAUAG